AUGAAGAUCCACGCGAUUGUUUUUCUGGUGGCCUGUUUCAUGCUUUGCGAAUGCGAGCACCUGAUCAUCGGCGAUUCCAGCAACAAAGACAUGGUGUACCACACCGCGGCGAGAUUCACCGCCAUACCAUAUAAGAGGAGAAUAGAAAAUGUGUUUUACUCAAAUCCGGAACAAAAGAAAAUUAAGAGCAUCCUCGUGUACGAUAACCUGCACUCGGACGCUACGGCGAGCGUCACUGCCGGCGGCAUCGGCUACACCUUCGUGAACAUUCGACUCAAGAGCGAGAAGGGAACGCGAAUCGACUACGACAUAGGAGUUUACGUG